CCUUGGAAUAGUUCAGUUCGACACCGAAACUAGACAAAACAACAUCGAUCUCCAGCUUUUCUUAUUAUUAUAAGUAUUUUUACAAAAAUAAACUGCGACAAUGUUUGAGUGGUUUGAUUUGCAGUCUGGAGUAAGCUUCAAGGACUUGGACGACAUGAAGCGGCGUCUGAUAAAGAAGAUCGCCGAUCUCGAAGCCACAGGCGUUCGCUGGGGUCGUCGUAUUGGCAUCGAUGACGGCAAGGACGAUGCCUUUUUCCGUUUCAUGAGGGAGAAGAUCUAGAGAUGUUAAUCAAAAUCAACAAAUAUGUGUGUUCUGGGGGCAAUGAUUGCCCCACCCCGUUACUUAAAUAAAUUGCUCCUUGCAUAGUUUCAUUGUUCCGACA